AUGAGAUUCCAUUUGCUUCUCUUUAUUGUCCUUCUUUUUUCGAUUCUCUCAUCCCCAGUAAGAAGUGGUUUGGGUCCUGCUGAAGGUCAUUGUCUCAAUUUGGGUGGGGUUUGCAGAAGAGAUAUCUGCAAAGUAAUAGAAGAUGCAGUCGGUGCCUGCCGAAGAAGGAUGAAGUGCUGUAGAGCAUGGUGGAUUGCAAUGCCAAUUCCAACACCACUUAUCAUGUCAGAUUACCAAGAACCUCUUAAACCAAAGGUGAAAUGA